AGCAGAGGCGCGGACAAACCGCGGGGUGACCAGGGCGCAUGCGUAACAGGGCUUGACAGCGCGCGGAAGAAAAACCAGCAAGAAGGCGGCGGGGGAAGAUGGCGGUCCUGGGGUAGAGUUUGCAAUCUUUCUGACUAGGCUAGUCGAGUAACUAUUCGGGUCAUGGCGUCAAACUCAACUAAGUCUUUCCUGGCAGAUGCCGGCUAUGGCGAACAGGAACUGGAUGCCAACUCUGCCCUUAUGGAAUUGGACAAAGGCCUAAGAUCUGGCAAACUUGGUGAACAGUGUGAAGCAGUUGUUCGCUUUCCCAGACUUUUUCAGAAGUAUCCAUUCCCUAUUCUUAUCAAUUCUGCAUUCCUAAAGUUAGCUGAUGUUUUCAGAGUUGGGAAUAAUUUCCUGAGGCUAUGUGUUCUUAAAGUUACCCAACAAAGUGAGAAACAUUUGGAGAAGAUUCUAAAUGUGGAUGAAUUUGUGAAGAGAAUUUUUUCUGUGAUUCAUAGUAAUGAUCCUGUGGCAAGAGCCAUCACCCUCCGGAUGUUGGGAAGUCUGGCAUCAAUAAUUCCUGAGAGGAAGAAUGCUCAUCAUAGUAUUCGUCAGAGUUUAGAUUCACAUGAUAAUGUAGAAGUUGAAGCUGCUGUUUUUGCUGCUGCAAACUUCUCUGCACAGUCAAAGGAUUUUGCUGUAGGAAUCUGUAACAAAAUCAGUGAAAUGAUUCAAGGUUUAGCGACACCAGUAGACUUGAAGCUAAAAUUGAUACCCAUUCUACAGCACAUGCACCAUGAUGCAAUCUUGGCUUCCAGUGCUCGUCAGCUUUUACAACAGCUGGUCACAUCCUAUCCGUCCACCAAAAUGGUGAUUGUGUCUUUGCACACUUUCACUCUGCUUGCAGCUUCAUCUUUGGUUGAUACACCUAAGCAGAUUCAGCUUCUGUUGCAGUAUUUGAAGAAUGAUCCCAGGAAGGCAGUAAAGAGACUUGCUAUUCAAGAUCUGAAAUUACUUGCUAAUAAAACACCACAUACUUGGAGUAGGGAGAAUAUUCAGGCACUUUGUGAGUGUGCCCUCCAGACUCCUUAUGACAGCUUAAAACUAGGGAUGUUGUCUGUCCUUUCCACACUAUCAGGGACCAUCGCCAUCAAACAUUACUUCAGUAUAGUUCCAGGAAAUGUGAGUUCUUCUCCCAGAUCUUCUGAUUUAGUCAAAUUAGCCCAAGAGUGCUGUUACCAUAAUAACAGGGGCAUUGCAGCUCAUGGAGUUAGAGUCUUAACUAAUAUAACUGUUUCUUGUCAAGAAAAGGAUCUUUUGGCACUGGAACAAGAUGCUGUCUUUGGCCUGGAAUCCCUACUGGUACUUUGUAGUCAAGAUGAUAGUCCAGGUGCUCAGGCCACUUUAAAGAUUGCUCUAAACUGUAUGGUGAAGUUGGCCAAGGGCAGGCCCCAUCUUAGCCAGUCAGUGGUUGAGACCUUGUUGACUCAAUUGCACAGUGCUCAAGACGCUGCCCGGAUUUUGAUGUGCCAUUGCCUGGCAGCCAUUGCCAUGCAACUGCCGGUGCUGGGUGAUGGGAUGCUUGGUGACCUCAUGGAGCUGUACAAGGUGAUUGGACGAUCAGCCACAGACAAGCAACAAGAACUUCUGGUGAGUUUGGCUACUGUGAUUUUUGUUGCAAGUCAGAAGGCAUUGUCUGUGGAAAGUAAGGCAGUAAUUAAGCAGCAGCUUGAAAGUGUCUCCAAUGGAUGGACUGUAUACCGUAUUGCCAGACAGGCUUCCAGAAUGGGUAAUCAUGACAUGGCCAAAGAGCUUUAUCAGAGUUUGCUGACUCAGGUUGCCUCAGAACACUUCUACUUCUGGCUAAAUAGUUUGAAGGAGUUUUCACAUGCAGAACAGUGUCUCACUGGGUUGCAAGAGGAAAAUUAUAGUUCAGCACUUUCUUGCAUUGCUGAAUCUUUAAAAUUCUAUCACAAAGGGAUUGCUUCCUUAACAGCAGCUAGUACACCACUGAAUCCUUUAAGCUUUCAGUGUGAAUUUGUAAAACUCAGGAUUGACCUUUUACAAGCCUUCUCUCAACUUAUCUGUACUUGUAAUAGCCUGAAGACAAGCCCACCACCUGCAAUUGCCACAACAAUUGCCAUGACCUUAGGAAAUGACCUCCAGAGGUGUGGUCGCAUCUCCAAUCAGAUGAAACAGUCCAUGGAAGAAUUUCGAAGCCUUGCUUCUCGAUAUGGAGAUCUUUACCAGGCAUCUUUUGAUGCUGACUCAGCAACUUUGAGGAAUGUUGAACUACAGCAGCAGAGCUGUUUACUGAUAUCUCAUGCAAUAGAAGCCCUGAUUUUGGAUCCAGAAUCAGCAAGUUUCCAGGAAUAUGGAUCUACUGGAACAGCCCAUGCUGAUAGUGAAUAUGAAAGAAGAAUGAUGUCUGUAUAUAAUCAUGUCUUGGAGGAGGUAGAAUCACUCAAUCGGAAAUAUACCCCUGUUUCUUAUAUGUUUUGGAGGCAGGAAAGUCCAGUAUCAAGCUGCCAGCAGAUUCGGUUCCUGGUGAGGACUUUCUUCCUGGCCCUGGUGACAGCCACCUUCUCAUUACAUCUUCACAUGCAUACAGCAUGCCUCUGCAAUGCCAUCAUUGCUUUGCUGAAAGUUCCCCUUUCUUUCCAGAGAUAUUUUUUCCAGAAACUACAGUCUACCAGCAUCAAGCUUGCUCUGUCACCAUCGCCCCGGAAUCCUGCAGAGCCCAUUGCUGUCCAGAAUAACCAGCAGCUGGCGCUAAAGGUAGAGGGAGUGGUUCAGCACGGAUCUAAACCAGGACUCUUCCGCAAAAUUCAGUCUGUCUGUCUGAAUGUUUCUUCCACACUGCAGAGUAAACCUGGACAAGACUACAAGAUACCCAUUGACAACAUGACCAAUGAGAUGGAGCAAAGGGUUGAACCUCAUAAUGAUUACUUCAGUACUCAAUUUCUGUUGAACUUUGCUAUCCUUGGAACACACAACAUUACAGUGGAAUCUUCUGUGAAAGAUGCCAAUGGUAUAGUAUGGAAGACUGGUCCCAGAACUACCAUAUUUGUAAAAUCCCUGGAAGACCCUUAUUCCCAGCAAAUUCGCUUACAACAGCAGCAAGCCCAGCAGCCAUUACAGCAGCAGCAGCAACGCAAUGCCUACACACGGUUUUAACCAUGGAAUGAAUGCACUGCAGACUCUCCAGAGAUCAAUCAAAUUGCCAGAAACAGUUUGCUUUUUCAUAUGGAAUAAAUAUUAAAGUUACAGUGCAGUUCAUUUAUUCAUUGAUUUUUGUAAUGUAAUAUUCUGGAAAAAAUUUUGUUUUCUUAAAAAUUUUGUCUGACAGCUGGGCGUGGUUGCUCACGCCUGUAAUCCCAGCACUUUGGGAGGCUGAGGUGGGCGGCUCACGAGGAGAUCAAGACCAUCCUGGCUAACACAGUGAAACCCCGUCUCCACUAAAAAAUACAAAAAAAUUAGCCGAGCAUGGUGGCAGGCGCCUGUAGUCCCAGCUACUUGGGAGGCUGAGGCAGGAGAAUGGUGUGAACCUGGGAGGCAGAGCUUGCAGUGAGCCGAGAUCACGCCACUGUGCUCCAGCCUGGGCGACAGAGCGAGACUCCAUCUCAAAAAAAUAAAUAAAUACAUUUUGUCUGAAAAAUAA